AUGCGACCUGAGUUGGUUGAUGACGAUUCUUUUGAGAUUGCAGUGGCUCAAGGACCAGGACCUGAUAGACCUACUGAUGAUGAAAUCAUUGACAUGGCUAGUAUCAAUCCAACAGUAUUGGUGUCAAAAGGACCACACUAUGUGCUUCCACUUACUUUGACGUUAGCAUUGAACUGGAAAUACAGCCUACAAUUGACCCAAAGCCUCUUCAAAAUGAUUGCAGGAAAGGCACCCGAAGUCUGUUUGCCUGCAAACAUAUUUGAUGGUAUCGAAAGUUUUGCUCCGUGGGUUGCCCUUGAUGAAAACUCGACCACAAAACGGGCAGCAAUGGAUAUGGUGGCUGUGCGGGGUAUGGAGCCAGUUCUCAAGAGUAGCAAUGUCAGAAUGGCUGCGAACUGGUGUACUGAUUGGGAAGUGGAUGCCUUUUUGGAAUUUGUCCGCAAAAUCCUCUCAAAUCGGAGCAUAGAGGAUCUCAGACUCGCAUUUCCGGAGCCCUCCCAAGACGAACAUGGGAAAUCAAUAGGGUUCAACUCAGAUGCAUUCAAGGAGCUACUGCCAAAAUGUAAAAUCCAAGAUGUAUGUCUGCAUCACUGUUCAAACAAUCCUUUGGCAUUUGAUUUCCUGGAACAUUGCUUGGCAGGGAUGCCUUGUCUGACGCGAAUCGAUAUGAAGCUUGAAACUGAUGUUGAUGCUGUUUCAACAAUUAUGAGCAAUUUCCUCUGCAACAACUUAGUAGUGGAUUCCUUGACAAUCCGGGCAACAAGUGACACAUCAGCAAAGGGGCUGGAUCCAAUUCUCAAUUCGCUAAAGCGCAAUGAUACCCUCCGAGAAUUCUACUACUGUCAACGUAAUAUGCAACCGGACAAGUUCAAGAGAUACCACGAAAUUUUAACAAGUAUUCUUCAGAAGUCCAAUACAACGCUAUCUGGCGCGGAAUUUUGGGAUGGCUGCACUGAUGACAAUCUGGACGGCAACCUCUGCACUGAAAUGCAUCCAAGCCAACACUUGCUGCCUUUCAACACGACCCUCAAUUUUGCGGGACGCAAAGAAGCACGUGAACCAUACUCCAACACAGCUGGAUUCGUGGAUCUUCUGGUCCAGGUGCAAGAGGAUACAAUUUAUCUUGACGACGAGGAAAAUCAUCCAGUCACAGAUGACGAUGUUUUCAAUAUGCUUUAUGGACUUUUGCAUGAAAACCCAGGCGAAUGGAGUCGAGUCAUCCAGGCAACAUCUCACAAGGCAGCACUGCUUGUGCAAUCAAACGAAAGCACAGCGCCAUGUGUUGAUGACUGGCUGCAUUGA